CUUACGCUCCAAUAGUGUACGAAGAAGGAGGGGCCUAUGAAGCCAAUGGGUGUGGCUGUUGUUACGGUGUCGCCUUUUCCCGGAAGCGUGUAACAGCGCGAGGAAGCGCCGCCGUUUCGCUCUGGGUGCUGGGACAGUCAUCCCAGCCCUUCCUUCUUGGGUUGCCACUCUGCUCUUCCUAGAGGGAACUCCCAUAACCUCUCUGCUGGGAGCAUCCUUGCCAGAGGAGCAUACUCAUUCCUACAGUCCUCUCACUGUUCCUCAGCAGCCAGCUCUCCAGCAAAGAGACAUCAUCUGGUUGUUGCAGUAUGACCUUCCACUAACCCUUUCAGAAGAAGCAAGACUUCACCAGCUGUUACCCAUGUGCAUACUUUUCUUCAAGUUUGAUCCUCGUCCAGUUUCAAAAAAUGCAUACAGACUUAUCCUAGCAGCUAAUAGAGAUGAAUUUUACAACAGACCAUCAAAAUCAGCAGACUUUUGGGACAGCAGCAAUGAGAUCCUUAGUGGUUUGGAUAUGGAGGAAGGAAAAGAAGGCGGGACGUGGCUUGGAAUCAGUAAGAAAGGCAAGAUGGCUGCCUUGACAAACUACUUGCAGCCAAAGAUUGAUACAAAUGCAAAGGGAAGAGGUGCACUUGUAAGAAACUUCUUGACUACGGAUCUGGACAGCUUCUCUUACUUGAAGAAAGUUUCAUCAGAAGGACACCUUUACAAUGGAUUUAAUUUAAUAGCAGCCGACUUGAGCACCACCAAGGGAGAUGUAAUUUGCUACUAUGGAAACAAAGGAGAACCAGAACCUAUCUUCCUAAAUGCUGGAAUCUAUGGAUUGAGUAAUUCUCUGUUGGAUACUCCAUGGAAGAAACUUCAGUAUGGAAAGCAGCUUUUCACAGAGGUGAUCAAGCAAAGUCAGGACCUUGCCAAAGAAGACCUGGUGCAGGAGCUCAUUAAAGUGCUGAAUAAUCAAGACCCUCAGCUACCAGAUCCUGCAUUGGAGGAUCAAGGAAAGGAGCAUGUGCAACAUGUACUGAACGAAUAUGCAGCUUUGUGUGUUCGUUGCCCGGGAUAUGGAACCAGGACUAACACAGUCAUUCUCAUUGAUGCAGAAGGACAUGUAACUUUCACAGAGCGCACCAUGCUCAAUGCAGAUAUCAACCAAUGGAAAACAAGCGCCUAUCAAUUCAAACUGGAAACUUAACAACUUUCCAUUUGAAUGGAUCAUGAUAAAAGAAAUAAGAGAACAAGCCAUUGAACUCCACUGAAGGCUUUAUACCAGCCUCCAGCACCCAGAGAUGGAAAGGAAAAGCUUAUUAAAUCCAUAGUAUACCCUAGAAACUACCAAAACCUUUUGCACAAAACCAAGGAAAGAAAGGUUUUACAGUAAAAUUUUGGCUGGAUUAAAAAUGUGUUGCUUCUUGUGCAAGUAUUUGUUUUAAGUUUAAAGGGACACAGUUUAUUUUCUAGGCAUGAUUUUUAAACUAUAUUGUUAAUAUCUAGGGGAUUGGUCCUGCAAGGUAUUGAGUGUUUCUUACAAGGUGCUAAGUGUCCUUAGCUCCUUUUGAUUUCAAUCAGAGCUGAAGGUAUGCAGCACUUUGGAAGAUCAAGUCCUAUGUUAUUAAAGUUCAAAGAUUUUCAGAAUCUAACUUAAACCUUCAGAAUCAAUCAUGAUAACUUUUCGCACUUCACUCCGCUUGGACAAAGACAAACUAGUCAGAUGCACAUUUAUUUAUGGUUGAUUUCUAGUCACUUUGUGAACUGGCACAACUAUGUAAUGUGACUUCUGGAAAUGAUCCCUGGGAAUGGUAGUUAUGUGAAUUAUUAAAAAAAAAAUUCCAUUGGAAUUUUACAAAAAGAAACAUUUCUAUUGAUCUUAGAACAUAAGGUUUUUAGAAAAUCUGUCUCUGCCUUUUCAACACAUGCUUGUAGGGCAGGGGUAGGCAAACUGUUUGGCCCAAGGGCCACAUCGGGGUUGCACAACUAUAUGGAGGGCCGGGUAGGGAAGGCUGUGCCUCCCCAAACAGCCUGGCCUCUGCCCCCUCCCACUUCC